UUGUAAAUCGAAUAAAUCUUCCAUAAGGAAGAAAGGGAAAGCCUCAAAAGUUAGCUAUGUCUUCUCUUCUCAUCUGUCAAAGUCUGAGAUGCGUGUACUAAGAGGUUAGGGCUGUACUCCAGGAUCAGAUAAAAACACCGGACAUCAUGGGGGUGAGCACAACAGCUUCAUUUGGUCUUGCCAUCUUGUGCUCUGUGCUGGUGUUCUCAGGCCUGCAGAUGUACAAGACUCACCUUGGAUCCACUCGGCUUAUGACAUUGGUUGCAGGAUAUAUAGCUUCAUGGCUUUUCAUAUUCAUGUUGACUGCUCUGAGCAACCUUGAAAACAUCAUGUUUGGGAAAGGCUUCCAGGCUCGUGUCAUUCCUGAAGUGGCGUUGUGUUUAAUACUAGCUUGUUCUGCAGCAGGCAUGGUCCACAGAGUGUCUGUCACUGUCUGUUUACUGUGCUCCAUUGUUGGUUUGUAUUACCUCAACAAGAUGAGCCAGUCAGCUUCCACUGCUCCAAGUGUACCUGUAACAGCAAACUCAAAGAAAAAGAAAUUGUAAGGUAUAGAGUUUCAGCAUCUGCCAUACAUUUUCAGAUAGUGUUGGUUUUUUUUAGGGAUUCAAAGAAUUCUUUUAUUAUAUUCCAUUUGUUCUACAGUUUGUCUUGAAGGGAAGCAUUUAUAUUUUGAUAAAUUUUUUUUUUUUCA